AUGUCAGAACCAAACCAGAUUCUGCCUGAAGAAAUUGCUGUCGCUAUUCAAGCUGAUAACCCAGCCCUUUACGAAUUCAAAAAUGAAGACGAUCUUAAUCUCAAACUUAUGAUUAUCAGAAGAAUUGUCAUUUUUAACAAGCCAAAAAUUCUUUCUCAUCUCCUCGAGAUGGACUAUUUUGGAUUUCUUUUGACUUCUUAUGCAAAUGCCUUUAUUUUCUUUAUUCAGCAGUCUAUGGCCAGAAAUAAUGUAGAGACAUGCAAAAUUCUUUACGAAAAAUUCAUAAAAUCGGAUAUACAAAGAGAAAACGACACUUUUCUAUUAGCUUCUGCUAUAGAAAAGAAUCAAGAGCUCGCAAAUUGGAUCAUAGAUAUAGAUCCAGUCUAUAAGAGCUACGUAGCAGUUAACAGGCUAUUUCAAGCUGGAAAUGCAGCUGCUGCAAGACUAGUUAUUGAAAAAGGGGCAAAUUUAGACGAAAAUUCAGCACUGGAAGGAAAUAAAAACUUAAAGCCGCUGAUUUUGGAAGCGAAUUUGAAAAACAGUUCAGAAUUAAUUCAAAUUUGUUUGGAUUAUAAGCUGAUGCCGAAGAUAAAAGAAGCAGUGUUUGAGAGCUUAAAGGAAGAUGAGAAGUUAAAGUUGAAAUUAACUUAUUGCUAUUAUUAUAGGGUUGGGCUGGCUUAUGCAAGGUAUCAUGUUCCAUUUAUGAUGAGGCUGUCGAAUAACCUAUUUGGGGAAAUAAUCGAUUACAUUUAA